GUUUUUUCACUGAACCAGAGCUCACUGAGAACAACAAUGGCGUCUCCUUCGCUCCCCUCUUCUUCACUCCUUUCUCGCUUCUCUUCCGCUCAAUCUUCUCCACCAAUCACCAGUUUCACAGUUUUCUCGGGAAAACAGAGGUUCAUUUACCAUCCAAGGAGAGCCCCAGGCCUCUCCAUUAGAGCCCUAACCCUAGAUUUCUCCGGUUCCUUCUUCGAGGGCGGAUUCGGGUCCGACGACGACCCGAAUUCCCCUCCCGGACCGGGCAUUGCGGCGGUGGAGGACAAGGAUGAGCCCCAGUGUCCCCCCGGUCUCCGCCAGUACGAGACCAUGGCGGUUCUCAGGCCCGACAUGUCGGAGGACGAGAGACUCGCGCUUACGCAGAAGUACGAGGAGUUGCUUGUUGCUGGGGGUGGCAUGUAUGUGGAGGUAUUCAACAGAGGGGUCAUUCCUUUAGCCUACAGCAUCAAGAAGAAAAACAAGGCAGGAGAAAGCAACACUUACUUGGAUGGUAUUUACCUCCUUUUCACCUAUUUUACCAAACCUGAGUCCAUGGAAGUUCUUGAAGCAACACUGACAGCAGAUGAUGAUGUCAUCCGAUCAUCCAGUUUCAAAAUAAGGAAACGAAAAUAUUAGUUUGGUUUGACUCAUUUGUGUAGCUCCAAGAGGAAGAUGAAUAGGAAAGGAAAGUUACAUGUACUUUUUGAGCUCGUGUUGUGGAUCUUUUCUCUUGCCCAACUUUUUGUUGAUUAAUCAAUUUUUUUGUAACAUACUCAAUUUAGUGGCAAUGAAAGAUAUGUUGUUGUCAGAA